GACAGUACAUCAAUAUCUUAAUCUUAAAUAUGUUGUGAUUUAAUUAAUCAAGUUAAUUUACUAUUUACGCUGCAUUUUAUGUUUUCAAUCAAUUUUAUAAAAACUACUAUAUUAAUGCAUAUUUUUUUUGUUACACAUGUCUCAUACAAAGUUACAAAUAUCGUAAAUUUGACAUGAAACUGUAUCCCCGGGAAGGAAAUCCAAUUUGUUUUCUAGAUAUAAAAAUUGAGUCUGAAAGGGUUGGGCGCAUAGUUGUUGAGCUUUUUAAAAAUGUCGUACCAAUCACUGUUGAAAAUUUUCGAGCCUUAUGCACAGGAGAAAAAGGCAUCGGUUCAUUAGGAAAACCUUUGCAUUAUAAAGGCUGUAUCAUACAUAAAGUAGUUAAUAUAUUUAUGAUUCAAACUGGGGAUUUUGUAAAUAAUGAUGGCACAAAUGGAGAAAGUAUAUAUGGUCUGACAUUCGAUGAUGAGAAUUUUGAAUUAUCCCAUGUGGAGGGUGUACUGUCAAUGGCAAAUGCUGGUCCUAACUCCAAUAACUCUCAAUUCAUUAUAACGACUGUUGUUAGUUCUCAUUUAGAUGGCACAAAUGUUGUUUUUGGUAGGGUGUUACGAGGCCUAGGUAUUGUUAAAGAAAUUGAGAAACUUGAGACUGAUGCAAAUGGAAAACCUAUUAAAACUUGUAUAAUUGAUGAUUGUGGGGAAAUAGCUCAAGGCGAAAGAUGGGGCUUUGAAGAUAAUGACAUAACUAAUGAUAGUCUCCCACCAUGGCCAGAUGACUGGGAUUACGAUGAAAUAACGAAGAAAGAAGUUUUGGAGAAUAAGAUUGCUAACAUUAAAUUAGCUGGUAAUAUGCUGUAUUCUCAAAAUGAUUUCAUACAUUCUGCUCGCAAGUACAAAAAAGCUCGGCGGUAUAUAGAAUACAUGCUCGCUGCGACUGAUUUGAAAUGCGAAUUUGACAAAGAGAAGUUUAAUCAUGUUUAUCUUCUAUGUUUACUGAAUGGUGCGGCUGUG